UGGCGCGCAGGCGCAGAGCAGAUCUGGUCGGAAUGGACAAGGUGCGCGUGAGGAUUGAGGAGAUGAAACUAUCGACCCGUGUUUCGAACCGUAACCGAAAGUGACGCGCACAGACACGAUACGGAAAAACUGAAGCGGUUUGAGGAACAGCCCUGACUGCGAAGCUUCGUUUUUUGUACGAGUUUUUGAUUCUAACGAGACAUAUUUUUCUUUGCUUGCGCAAUCCAGUCGCGUCCUCUCCUCGCCGAUACGCGCGAUGCCCACAGAUUACGCGUAAUUUGAGAUUUCGUGAGUUUACUUUUGAGAAAUGUCAGGCGUUUCCAGUAGCCUGUACCUUUAAAAUUCGUUUGAAUCUUAAUAAAUUAUUUGUUUCGGUUUAAGAUUAAGCCGGAUGCCACGUAAUUCCUGCUGUGAAUAUAAACUCAUGAAAAACAUCAUCUCGUGCAGUAUUCUUCAAUGGCUGGAUAAGUGUUACAUGCUCAACUGAGCGAUGCUGUGCAUCUUACUUUCCCAAGAUGGCCAAAUGUGAGCUAAUCGAACUACAGGACUUGACUCCAGAUGACCGUAUUGAGUUAGCGCCCCCGACUGGCCUUCCUCCCAUCUCGGAGCACACUCUGGAGAGAUGGGGCACGGAGAAGGCGGUGCGGAUGGUGGGGGAGCGAGUGCGCUUGGAGGACCCCGAUUGGUUGACGGGUACACCCGGACGGGUACACGACUUCCAGCCGAGCAGUCAGACACAGCUCAGCUGGUGCGACCUCUGCGGGGAGUUCAUAUGGGGCCUGUACAAACAGAGCCUUCGGUGCACACAUUGUCAGUACACCUGUCACUACCGCUGUCAACCCUUCAUUCAACUGGACUGCACCUUGACCUCUGACCUCAUCUGCGACCAAUCCAACUACUGCGAGGACACCAUUGAGACGGACACGAAUGUGGAUGAACAAGUAGACUGGAGGAAGCAGGAGCUCUCCAGCAGUGAAAUACAGCAGAAGGUGAAGGAAUACAACGCUCAGGUCAACAGUAACCUCUUCAUGGUUUUGAACCGUGAUGGUUCGUACACUGGCUUCAUUAAGGUACAGUUUAAGCUGGCCCGGCCCGUGUCCAUCCCGCCCCCGCGGAGCGCAUCCUCGUCUUCUCGGGACGGCGGCUGUCGGGAGGACAAAGCACUGAAGCAUCGCACGUCGUUUUACCUGCCCAGAGAUACAGUCAAACACCUGCACAUCAGCUCCAAAACCCGUGCCAGAGAUGUGAUAGAAGCCCUGCUGAAGAAGUUCACCGUGGUGGACAACCCGGCCAAGUACUCGCUGUUUGAACGCAGCGAGCGACAAAAUCAAGUGUAUCUGAGGAAGCUAGCAGAUGAUGCACGUCCGCUUUUUCUGCGUCUGUGCGCCGGACCCAACGAGAAAGUCCUCAGUCUGGUUCUUAAAGAGAAUGAAACGGGGGAAGUUAAUUGGGACGCGUUCAGUUUUCCCGAACUGCAGAACUUCCUGCGCAUACUGGAGCGAGAGGAAGAGGACUACGUGCGGCAGAUUGUGAAGCGCUACGCCCUGGCGCGAGAAAAGAUGAAAGACGCCAUGAAGGACCUCGGUACGCCGGGCUGAAACGUACACUGGCUGCUGUUCUUACCUCGAAAAAGGGAAACGUACAUGCUCAUCCCAGAGCGGUUUGAGUACAAAGAGUGUGUGAAAGACCCCUCAGUCCGCUGGGACAUGACAGGGGUGGGAAAUGCAGUGCGAGUGUGACUGUUGUGCGUAUGAGGAGCGUAUGCAGACUUUACACUGAAUGUAAUACUGCUGUCGUAGCUGGACUCGGUGGAAUGGCUGCUGUGGUGGAGUGACGUCUUUACUGUUUGACUGUGGUGAAUGAAACAAUGCAGAGUUCUCUUACAGAGUAUUUUGAGAGGAAUAUAAAUGAAAUAUUAUUUUAUUGUAUUAACUGUUUGAGUCGACAUUACAAGAUGUAGUGACAAUUAUAUAAUUCAUGUCAUCAGAAAUGCAAUAUCUUUGUAUACAUAUUUGCUGUUGAUUCCUUGGAAUGAUAAAUAAAAAUUAUAAUAUUU